GAGCCCAGGAAGCCAGGCAAGAUGGCGCCGUCCGCCUUUUUGCGCCCAUUCUGGAAGCUGCUGGCCCCGGCUAGGUUCCCGAGUGUCUCUUCAUCGCGGUCAAAGUUCUACAUUCAGGAACCGCCACAUGGCAGUCCUAACUGGCUGAAAGUUGGAUUGACCUUGGGCACCUCCGUUUUUUUGUGGAUCUAUCUCAUCAAACAACAUAAUGAAGAUGUUUUAGAGUAUAAAAGAAGAAAUGGGUUGGAAUAAACUUUGGAAAUACUAAAACAGUGUGUUCCAUAUAGUGAUUAUAGCAGUUCCUCUGGAUUCAUGAAUCUGUUGAGUUGUAAACAUGAGAGAAAGAAUUACGUGUGACUAUAUGUUAAGUCAGCAUUUGUGUUUUACAUAAUUAAAUUAAAAAAUACUUCUGUGUUCUUCAGA